AGUAAGUGCAAAAGAAAGAAGAACAGUAAACCAUUACGGGCGGGGUGUCACAAUUCUAAUUUCUAUAAAUAUACUUGCUUCUUCAUCUUCUUCUAUAAUAAAGCUUUAACAUUUGCUUGCUUAAUUAUUAUAUAGCUUGUUGUUUGUGCCCUGAGUUAUUGUUGAAACUAAUUAAAGCAGUAUUUCUUUUCUUCUGGGUUUUGAAAAUGGUGGCGAAGCUUAUGCAUGCAGUCGUGUACGGCGGUUCCGUUGGUGGAGCUGUUGGUUUGAAGCACGUGGAAGUUGAGAUUCCGACACCAAGUAAAGAUGAAGUGUUGAUAAAAUUGGAAGCCGCAACCUUAAAUCCAGUUGAUUGGAAAGCUUACCAGCUUAAAGCCCUUCUUCGUCCUUUCCUCGCUAGGAAUUCUCCAUUAAUCCCCUGUACUGAUGUGGCUGGAGAGGUAGUUGAAGUUGGAUCUCAAGUCAAAAACUUCAAAGUUGGGGACAAAGUUGUCUCAAUUCUAAGUCUUCUUAAAGGCGGCGGUCUAUCAGAAUACGCAGUUGCUAAAGAAAUCCUCACCGUUUUCCGGCCACCGGAAGUCUCCGCCGCCGAAGGCGCAAGCCUCCCCGUGGCUGGCCUCACCGCCCACAUGGCACUAACCCAAUUCAUCGGGCUAGACCUCACCGGAAAAGAUCCUCACCACAAGAACAUUCUAGUAACCGCCGCCUCUGGCGGGGUCGGCCAGUACGCCGUCCAGCUGGCGAAGCUCGGGGGCGCCCACGUCACCGCCACGUGCGGGGCCCGCAACCUCGAACUCGUCAAAUCCCUCGGCGCCGACGAGGUCCUCGACUACAAAACCCCCGAGGGCGCAGCACUCAAGAGCCCCUCCGGACGGAAGUACGACGCGGUGGUCCACUGCGCGGCGGGGGUUGCGUGGUCGGUUUUCGAGGGGAAUCUGAAGGAGGAUGGGGUUGUGGUCGAUCUUACGCCGGGGCCAGCUGCCAUGUGGACUUAUGCGGUGAAGAGGAUCACUUGCUCGGGGAAGAAACUUAAGCCGUUGAUGCUGAUACCGAAGGAUGAUGUUGGUUUGAAGUUUCUUGUAGAGUUGGUUAAGGAAGGGAAGCUUAAGACAGUUAUUGAUUCUAGGCAUUGUUUGGGGGAUGCUGAGGUGGCUUGGAGUAAGGGCAUUGCUGGCCAUGCUACUGGCAAGAUCAUUGUAGAGCCUUGAUUUGUAUAUAUAUAUAUAUAUAUAUAUAUAUAUAUAUAU